CAGCAAGGGAGAGGAGGAAGGGAGGAUGGUGGGAUGGCGUUGCAACAGCAGCAGCAGCAGCAGCAACAGCAGACCCACGGGUCACGCUCGGAGGACAGUUUCGGCGGCGUUGGCGGGCACCUGGCGCCGCUGCUGCAUGCGGCCAGUGUGGGGGCGAGUCUGGGGGCGGCCCUUCGCGGCGGCCUCUUGGGGGGCAACAGCUUUGGCAGUGGUACCAGCAGCAGCAGCAGUAGCAGCAAUAGCAGUAGUAGCAGUAAUGGCAUUAGCCCUAGCAGCAGCGGUAAUAGCAACGACAACGGAGUGGGGUAUCAAGCCAUGCAUCCAGCUCUUCCUCCUCCUCCUCCUGCAGCAGCGGCUGCACCACCUUCACCCUCAGCCGCCAACAGCAAUAGUAACGGUAACGGAGUCUACCACCCGACCAGCAGCAGCCCUCUGUACGGCUAUGAUGCAACAGCAGCAGCUGCGGCGACUAGUCCCAGUACGACAGUCGGGCCUGGACGAGCACGUGGAUUCGACUUGAACGGCAACAACAACCCCAUCCCAGCAACCACCACAAUCACCACAACUGCAACCACCACAUCACCACCAACACUUCCGCCGCCUCCGCUAGCAAACCCAGCAGCCAUGUCCCGUCAGGAGAGGCUAAAGGAGCUCCGUACAAAGUACGACAGAGAUCGCCUGCGGGAGUUGCGCGCUCGGUUCGGUUGGGUGCGGGAGGGGCGCGAGGAGGGCGGCGGCGGGUCGUUGGGGCUGGGGCAGGGGACGGGGGCGGUUGGGGGGCCCGGCGGCGGCACGGGAGGGCUGGGUGUGGAGGGGCUGCGGAGGGAGGACCGCGAGCGGGACCGGCGCAAGGAGCUGAUAGAUGAGGCGGACUUCAUGAGCCGGCUGGGUGACAGCGCGGAGGAGCUGCAGGAGGCGCAGGACGCGCUUGAGGAGAUGGUUGAGGAGGAGGAGGAGGAGGCGGAGCUGGAGGAGGUGGAGGACCUGCUGGAGUACUACCUGCAGAGGGCCAGCGCGCUGCAGUCCGAGGCGGAGCGCAUGCUGGCCGGCGCCCGCGACCUGGAGGAGUCCAUUGGGGUGUCGCUGUCGGCCCGGCGCUACGAGGUAAACCGGCUGGAGUUGAUGCUGUCCAUCGGCUCCUUCGCCGCCGCCAUUGGAGCCAUGCUGGCGGGUAUAUUCGGCAUGAACAUGCGGUCGUGUCUGGAGCAGAGUGUGGUGUGGUUUUGGGGCGUCACGGCGGGCAUCGUGCUGGGGUGCGCCUGGAUCUUCUUUGCGGUUAUGAAGUACACGCGAAGCAAGCGGAUUCUGUGAGGGUUGGGGGCUGGCAUGGGGUAUGGGGUAGGAGCAGGAGGAGGAGGAAGAGGAGGAGGGGGGUGAGUGGGUUGUGAGGAUGAGGAAGGGGUUGGCCUUGAAGGUUGGAAGGGGCUUAGGAUAGGGAGUAGUGAGUGGAGUGGAAUGGAGGGUAGACGAGGGUCUGGGUUUUAGGGUUUGCAGCGAGGUAGGUAGACAGCGAGACAGGUCUUGCGGGUGUAGCUGAGGGGAUGUACGUUGAUUGAGAGGCGAUUGAAAGGAGAGCCAGCAUGAAGGGUAAGAGGGUAAAGGUCACACGGCUUAUUGGGACGCUAGAUGGAGAGAGGAGAUAUGGUCCCGGCGGCAGUUUGCUAACCCGUUAU